UAUGCCUCUUUUUGCCGAAUGCCGGCCAUGACGGGAGGAGAAUUCGCUCCACUCAACCUGUUGCCUAUACUUUAUAAGCUGCUAAUUGGUGCGGUAAAAGAGGGCAUCUCACAUGCAGCCCUGGUAUCAAAGACUGAGGUUUUCCCUAUCUCACCAGCCCUCCGCUAUCCGAAUGCUGUACAGAACUGCUUGGCCAGGUUGCUAAGACCAGGUAAAGUCAUGUGUAUUGGUGACCUUGUCUUUCUGAAAUAA